AUGCAAAGUCAACAACAACCACCACUCUGUUUGAUUUUCCCCUAUUCUCCUCCUCAUUUCUCUUAUUCACUUGAUGCUCGUAAAUGGACAAAAAAGAUGUUACUUGACCAAUUACAAAAGAUGGGAGAAUAUGGAUUAGCAUAUCGGUGUUAUUUAAAUGAAAUAGAGGCAAACCAAUUUUUUCAUAUUGACAAACAAUUCUAUGAGAAAUAUUCUAAAAAAAUGAGACUUGACCUUGUUUGGAUAGAACGUAUCAACAAAAUUUCAAAUAAAAUUAUAGAAAAUACAGCAGCUUGUGUUAUUCAAAAAGCAGUUCGUUCAAUGCUUUAUUCUAAAGAAGAAAAACGAUAUCUCUAUUGUGGCAAUGUAGUGAAAGAAUUCAUUACAACAGAAAGCACAUACUGUGAACAGUUAGGUGUUGUAGAAAACUUAAUCCACCAACCUUUGAUAAAACAAGAAAAACCACUUUUAACUCCUGAACAAAUGAAAUUAAUAUUUGGAGGAGUUUCAGUUAUUUAUGGUGUAAAUACAGCUCUAUUAGAAAAUUUGAGAGAAAAACUAUCAGUUUAUACACAAAAUUCUCGAUUUGGUCGUAUUGUAUUGACUUUUACUCCAUUGUUGAGAGUUUAUAGUGACUACUGUCAAAUAUAUCCUCAGAUUAAUCAGCUAGUAAGUUCAAUGAAAGUACCACAUCCCUUUGGGACAUUCUACAAACUUCAAAUGAAACAAGCACCAGAACACCUCCAAGGAUUUGAUUUACUCUCCCUUCUAAUCACACCAAUCCAACGAUUACCAAGGUAUAGACUGUUAUUGAAGGAUUUAUUAAAACAUUUACGACCAAGUGAUGUAGAUUAUGAAGACGUAAAAAAAGCAUUGGAUGAAAUUGAAAAAGUAACUUCAUUUGUUAAUACCCAAAGCAAAAAACAAGAAAAUAUGGAAAAAGUUGUUAACUUAUAUUCUCAGAUAAGAGGAAUACCAGAAGAUAUUCAACUAAUUCAACCUGGAAGAGAACUUAUCAAUUCUACUUCAGUACUAAUGAAACAAAAAUAUGUCCAACUUAUAGAUAAUGGAAGAGAGAUUAAAGUCUUAACAAUUCCCUCCUUUAACCAAAUGAAAAAAGAACCAAAUAAUUUGUUAAUGAAAACUCCAACUAUUACUUCUAAUUUUAUAGAAAAAGAAAUACAGGUUGAUCUCAUAUUAUUUACUGACAUCAUUUUGUUUGUUGAGAAAAGUAAAACAUUGUUCUUUGGUGAAGCUCUUCAAUUUAAACUAGUCAUAAAUAUUGGAGAUGCUACAAUUUUUAGAAACAGCAAUGAAAUUCAAAUCUGCUAUUCUGAAGAAAUAGUCAAGCUCACUUUUACUAAUAAAGAAAAUGAAGACUUAUGGUACAACAUUCUUAAUGACACUUUUAUUCAUUGUCAUGAUGUUUUACAGAAUUUACAACAACGUCGUAAAUCACUUCGUUAUUGA